AAAACCAUUAUAAACAUUCUGUCGCAAAAGAUAAACGACUGCAGCUCACUUAAAACAACAUUGACGUAUCUCAGCCCAAGAUCGAAAAGGUGGAAGACGAAGGAUUUAUAGCCACGUGACUAUACAAGCCACAUGUCCGCCUUGCGGGAAGACUCGGCUUCAAAAAUUGGCAGGCUAGUUCUGUGGAAUCUCGACCAAUCAUCCGCCAUUCUUAACCCCUAGGUUCUAUAGACGAUGUUGACCUCUCGCGUUAUUUGCUCGGCGGCUCGUGUCUCUUCAGUAGUACGGCCUUCGGCACUGACCAUUCGUGCCAAUCCCGUUGCCACUUUCCGCUCUGCCCGGCCCGACCUCUUUCAAAACACCCAAGCAGACAAGCGAGAUGCUGUUGUGGGCGCUGCCGCCCCGGAAAAUCCCGGAACAACCACACAAUCGGGCGAACACAAAUCCAAACUUCACGGCUCCUACCAUUGGGACUUUGAGCGUGCUCUAUCGAUCGCGCUCGUGCCCUUGAUGACCGCACCUUUCAUUAUCGGUUCUCACCCGUAUGUUGAUCUCGGUCUCGGUGUCGUAAUUCCCCUCCACACCCAUAUUGGCUUUGAUGCCGUCAUUGAGGAUUAUCUUCCAGUUCGUCGGAAUCCCAUUAUCCACCGCGUCAUGAAAUAUUCCUUGUAUACUGCGACGGGACUGUGUCUAUACGGUUGCUACCAAUUUAACACCAAUGAUAUUGGCAUCACCGAGUUUGUGAAGCGCCUGUGGACGGGAAAGCAGUGAUCACGCUGUCGGUGCUGAUGAAACUAAAUGAUAGUGGUUCGGUAGCCGUGUAGAGGAAGGUGGUCAAAUUUGUAUGUAGAGCACAGCUGCCAUGUUUCUUCCUUUCAUACCGAAUUUGAUUAUGUGGUCGUUACAGCCACGAUGUAUUUCUUCGGAUCCCGGCCUUUGCCAUAAUCUACUUAAACCAUCUUUCACUAUGACUCUAAGGACUAUUCUAACCUGUCUUAUCAAAAACUCUG